AUGACCACCAACAAGCUCCGGCUGACUCUCGACGAGGAAGACCAGGCGAAGCAGCAGCAGACAAAGCCGUGCGCCACGCCCAGGGGCUUCAGAGAGAUCCCCUUGCAGAUCACCCCUUCUACGUGGAAAACGGACCUCACCAAGUGCAACGUGUGUGGCGACCGCUUCACAUGGCUAAACCACCGCCACAAGUGCCGCAACUGCUGGCAAGCCGUCUGUAACUCUUGCGCGAAGAGUCGGAAGACUUAA